CUUAGAUGAAAUAAGCUUGUUUUAUGUUGCUAGCGUCAACUCCGUUACAUUAUCCGAUGAAAACACAUCGCUCAACAGCGGAGCAUGGUUAACGUUAACGUUAUAUCGUUAGCUAACGUUAUGUGCAGGUAGUUCGACGUAAAUUCAUGUUACAAAUAACCGGGUGCGGAGAUGAUGGAGGAGAAUGGGCAGCAGUCGUCCGACGCCCAGCAGCCAGACCUCAGUUUGAGGAAGGGGAACUACGAGGAAGAGAGCUUCAGGCUACACAUGGUGACGUGGAACGUGGCCACAGCUGAUCCACCAGAUGACAUGACCUUGCUUCUCCAUCUGAACUCCCCAAAGAGCCCAGACCUCUACGUCAUUGGUUUGCAGGAGGUGUAUUCGGGGCCAUUGAGGUUUGUGUCGGAUACUAUAUUCGAUGACCCCUGGAGUCACCUGUUGAUGGCCACCUUAGCACCACGGAAAUACAUUAAGGUGUCAUCCAUCAGAAUGCAGGGUCUGCUGCUGCUCUUCUUCUCCAAACUGGAGCACGUCCCCUUCAUCAGAGACAUUCAGGCCACAUACACACGCACAGGCAUUUUUGGUUACUGGGGUAACAAAGGUGCCGUGUCUGUCCGUCUGUCUUUCUAUGGCCAUAUGCUCUGUUUCCUCAACUGUCACUUGGCUGCGCACAUGAAGUACGCCACAGAGAGAGUGGAUGAGUUUGAGUACAUCAUGGACACACAGACCUUUGACUGUAAAAAGGCUUCAAGAAUUGUUGAUCACAGGCUGGUGUUCUGGUUUGGAGAUCUCAACUUCCGAAUUCAGGACCAUGGCAUGCACUUUGUCCGCUCCUGUAUCAACAAUCAAAACUACAACCUGCUGUGGAGCAAAGACCAGUUGACCAUGAUGAAGAAGAACGAACAGAUGCUCCAGGAGUUUGAGGAAGGGCCUCUGGACUUUCAACCCACGUACAAGUUUGACUUAAACUCCAAUACUUAUGACAGCAGGCUCUACAGGACAUGGUUUGGCUUUAACGGUAAGAAGCGUAAACCUGCCUGGACCGACAGGAUUCUGUGGCGGCUCCGACCCAAGGCCCCACCCUCUGACGAGCAAGAUGAAAACAGGGUUGGACCGGAUGCCAAGAAGGUCGGACAUGUGGAAGAGGAUGAGGAGUACCCGCUGAAGAUCAGGCAGGACUUGUACACCAGCAACAUGGAGUACAGCAUCAGUGACCACAAGCCUGUCAUCAGUGUCUUCACACUGGAGCUGAGGAAGAUGUACGAGACUCCCCUGGUGCGUCUGCAGGCAGAGGGCGACUGGAGCGCAGACAUUGAUGCAAUGGUUCUCUACAGCCCUCUGCAGCCGUUCCCCUCCAGUACAUGGGACUGGAUCGGACUCUAUAAGGUUGGAUUCACCAGUGUGUCGGAAUACAUCACCUACACGUGGGUCAAAGACGACGAAGUGGCCUUCAAUGAAGAAGUCAUACAGGUAUAUGUAAGUAAAGAGGAAAUCCCUGUGUGGGGAGGGGAGUGUGUGCUGUGCUACUACAGUAGUACUCUGCAGUGCAUCAUUGGAAUCAGUGAACCAUUCAAGGUCCAUGAGUCCAAGGUAGCCAGUGAGGAAGGCUUGAUGCCUGAGAAGAUCAACGGACUUGACAAAACCAUUGCGAGCGAAAACUUUUUGAACUGAUCUAUCAGUGUGGUAGGAUGUAGAAAUGGAUCUUGUUUUGGCCUGGAUUGUUGUUGAAUUGUUUCCUAACUUAUCACAAAAGGUGCAGAUUAGGACGUGUUUCCUCUUAAUGCUGUUACACAUGCCCACUGACUUCUCUAACGCUGCCGGUGUGGCUAUAAGUGACUUACAUUUCUGUGGUCAGUACAUUUUUUUUUUUUUUUGUCUCUAGGGUCACCUUUUCUCCACGUGUGUUGACCUGAAUCGAAGGUCUGACUGAAAUCAAGCAAAGCAGAAGCUAUGAGCAAUCCUUCAUCAACUGACUUAAAACCUGUUUCCCCCAGAAUGGAAACUCAAAUUUAAAUUGGUCUGAGCGUAGAACAAAGAAGUGCCAGCUUUGUGUCCUGGCUUAAAGCUUAAUAAAAUGACAAAGUUACUAUACUGUGUACAAGAUUGCUUUAUGAGAUAUGAUGAAGUGCUUUGAUUGGAUGUUAUGUGUUUGGUUAAUGAGGAAUUUGGUUUCCAGGUUAGACAUAUCGAUAAAACAGAAGGUGAAGUACGUUGUAGGAUGUGUACAGGCCCGCUGCUUUGUGUGAUCAAUCCAGAGUGUCGGUUGAUGAAAGGAAGCGCUCCUUUCAAGGCUGUGUUAGAAAAUCCAAAAAUUUGUCUCCAUGUUUUAAUGCUGGACUUCAUGCUCUCACAGCUGCUUCCGUGUGGCAGAAUGAAAAGCUGGAACACUGAAUAUUUGAGUCUGGCUAGUUUGGAAGGGUGAACACACCCUAGCCAAACUUCACCGGACUGCUACAGUUAUGUCAAGACAAAGGGAAUUGCAAAACUAACAAAGCUCAUUCACCUGAAUUUGUUAUUUUUCAGCAAAAGGAGUAAAUAAUAAUAAAAUAUAACCGUUGUGUGUGUGUGUGUGUGUGUGUGUGUGUGUGUGUGUGUGUGUGUGUGAGAGAGAGAGAGACUACUCAUUUUCAGCUUGCAGUCUCAUUAGCCCACCUGCACUUUGCAGUUGUUGAAGAAAUAUUCAUUCCCUUUAAAAAAUUAUAUCACAGCGAAAUGGAGAAAGAUAUGUUGCACUGUUUAUUGUUAAUGUAUAAGUAUUUAUAGGUUGUCAUGUUUAAGUGUGUCAAGAAAGAAUAUAAUUAUUAAAUUAAUAAAAAUAAAAAACAUGGUUUCAGCAAGUGCCUUUGAAAUGAUUGUGGCUUUGUAUUUAGUGUACUGUACCAUGCUGCUCAGUUUUGAUACAAUAUGUGUCAUUAAUAUUCAUCAGAUUAUUUAUCAUAACAUGGCGUGAUUUUCAUGGCCUCUUGCUGUUCCUCUUGAUUAUAAAUAUUGCUGUUCUAAACUUUCACCAACACAAAGAGUGAGUGUUGUUACUGGCUUGCUGGAAUCAAUUAUAUUAGCCAAUUUAUGUUUGUUUUUUUACUAAAAAGUGACCUAUUUUCUGAAAUAGUAAUGAAAUGUAAUGUACUGUAAGACAAU